UUCCGCGUGUAGUCUAAAUGCGAUGAGCCAAAAAAUUCUCAUGAUCAGUAGAAGGUACAGUCUGGACCAGACAAAGCAAUCCAGCGACCUGCUGUGAUACCUUGUAAAAGUACACCCUUCCGGAUCAUACAUUGCGGCAUUUCCUCGUGCCAAGUGAAGUGUGACAGGCUCAAGCUCGAUAUCUGAAGAGUUUAAGGCUUUUUUAUUCCAAGCAAACGGUCUGUGACACAGUGAGACCGCAACCCUGAAAGCAUUACCUUCAGCGGACUCUCACCUCUCUUUUCAUCCUUUCCCGAGUUAUAUCGCUCAACAGCAUGAGCAGCUAUACUGUGGGCAUCCUUGGCGGUGGCCAACUGGGGCGCAUGACGGUGGAGGCUGCUCACAGACUCAACAUAAAAGUCGCUAUCCUGGAUAGCGAAAGUGCCCCAGCAAAACAGAUCAACCUCGUUGCUGCGGACAAACAUGUCACUGGCUCCUUUGCUAAAGCCUCAGAUGUCAAAGUGUUAGCCUCAAGGUGCGAUGUUCUGACAUACGAGAUUGAGCAUGUUGACACCAAGGUCUUGGAGGAGCUUGAAGAGGAGCAACCUUUUGUCGAGGGCACAGAGUGGUACAGAAUUCAACCGAGCUGGAAAACAGUCCGGACUAUCCAGGACAAAUUUGUGCAGAAAUCACAUCUUGCCAAAUUUGACAUUCCCACCGCAAAGUCGAUAGCAGUCGGGACGUCGCAUCCUCAAGGCCUCAAGGACAUCGCCGACCAAAUUGGCUUUCCUCUCAUGCUCAAAUCGAGAACAGAAGCAUAUGAUGGACGAGGCAACUAUCCGGUCAAGACAGUGUCAGACAUUGAACCUGCACUGAAAGCUUUGGCAGACCGACCCCUUUACGCGGAAAAAUGGGCUCACUUUAAAAUGGAGCUCGCAGUCAUGGUCGUCAAGACCGCGCAAGAAGCAUCCAUCGAUUCAUGGGAGUCAAGCACUUUGGCUUACCCCACAGUUGAGACCAUCCAUGAGGACAGCAUCUGCAAACUUGUCUACGCGCCACCGAGAGAUGUCUCCAAGAAAGUGACAGAAGCCGCACAACAGCUCGCGCGACGGGCAGUGUCCACCUUCCUAGGCACCGGCGUGUUCGGCGUCGAACUCUUCCUCCUCGCCGAUGACAGCCUAGUCGUCAACGAAAUUGCCCCCCGACCACAUAACUCUGGCCACUACACCAUCGAAGCAUGUGGUAUGUCUCAAUACGAGGCCCACAUCAAAGCGAUUCUGCCAGACCAGGCAUCCAGGAUACCCGAAGGCGCCACGGACCUGAGCGUCGGCGCGGCCAUCAUGCUAAACAUCCUGGGUGGACCGCAACCGGACUCGCACCUCCUUGUCGAAGACGCUGCGCGGGACGUUCCCGGCGCCCAUGUCCAUAUGUACGGCAAAGGCGAUGGCCGCCCAGGGCGCAAGAUGGGCCACAUUACGGUCACGGGCUUCAGCAUGUCAGAAUGCGAGAACAAGAUACACUCACUUGUCCAGAUGGUAGAUGCAGUCCGGGCACAUCGAACAGAUACCUCGUCGGCGUCCAAGGAGGCAAUACUCAAUACAGCGAAAGAGCUGGCGAAGACCAGGCCCCCGCCGCCUCCGCGGCCGGUGAUCGCGGUCGUGAUGGGUUCGGAUACCGAUUUGGCCACGCUAAAAGCGGGCCUUGCGAUGCUCGAUACCUUCGAAAUACCGUAUGAAGUGCACAUUACGUCCGCUCACCGUACGCCGCAAUACAUGCUGGAUUUCGGCAAGGCGGCUGCCUCAAGAGGGUUGAAAGCGAUCAUCGCGGCGGCAGGCGGUGCGGCGCAUUUGCCUGGCAUGAUGGCUUCGGAGACACCAGUGCCGGUGAUUGGUGUGCCGGUCAAGGCAAGCAGUCUUGAUGGCUUGGAUAGCUUGAUGAGCAUCGUGCAGAUGCCCCGUGGUGUGCCCGUGGCUACAGUGGGAAUUGGCAAUAGUACCAAUGCGGCUAUCCUGGCGGCGCGGAUCGUCGGGACGGGUGAUGCUAAGGUGCAGCAGAAGGUCCAAGAUCAUCUGCAGAAGAUGGAGGAUGACAAUAUGGAGAAGGAGCAUCGUUUGCAAAGAGAGGGAUGGAAGGUCUAUAAGAAGUUGGAUGCCUGAAGAGAAGAUGUCUGAUUGCAUUGAGGCGUUGAAGUAUUGGGUGGACCAUCAACACCUACACUGUGGAGUCAUGUGUCCUGAUUCUCUGCGCUUGCUGCUUGUAUGAGACUUGUAGCCCAAGCAGAACCUCAAGUAGAGCUGGUCGCGAGACGAAGCUCUACCACAUUCCGUCUUCCUUUCGUGACUCCUCCAUUGUUCUCAUCUCCAAAUCAUGGACGCUCAGCGUGUCCGCCGGAUU